AUGUAUUCUAUAAGCAAAAUAUGCUUAGGAGGUGUUAGGCAAUCCUAUUUGCGAACAGGUUCAUUAAUAUCUUCGAAAUUUCGAGAUAUCUACAACAUAAGGCUAUUCUCCAAUACUAGGAGAUGUCAAGAUGCCAAUUCAGAAGCAUUCAAUGAUGUACUAUUAAUGAAAGCAUUGUCUACAAAUAAGCAGCACAGUGAAAAUGCAUAUAUAAGAUGUACAAUAUUUGACAGUAAAGGUGAUAUAGUAGUGCACGGAAAGGAUAUUAGACGACUGCAAUUCAUGAAGACGCAUAAUCUAGUUCCUAGAGACUUUCGUAAGAUAACCAGACAUUAUCAUGGUAGUAAUAUGUCGUCGAUGAAUAACAUAAAUGUUGAUAUUGUGCCAUCGAUAGUCACUAGAGGAAAUAGUAUUUUACUAAAUUUGUCGAACAUAAAAGCAUUAAUUAAAAGUGACACUGUCGUGAUAUUCGACAGUCUUUCGAAGAAUUCUGGAUCAGGAAUGAACAAAUCACACUCUCAUGGCUCGUUUCUCAAAGACAUGAAUGAGAAGUUGAAAACGAAAAAUGAACAGGAUGAUUUGCCGUAUGAAUUUAGGGCCCUAGAGUGUAUUUUAAUUCACGUUAUGUUGAACCUAACGACAGAGAUGAAUGUUCACAAGACUGUAUUGCAAAAUAUUUUAUCGAGGUUAGAAGAAUCUAUAGAAAGAGUGAAGUUGCGUUAUUUAUUGAUACAGUCUAAGAAGAUAGCACAAUUCCAUCAAAAAACGAAAUUAAUCAGAGACUUACUCGAUAAUAUACUAGAACAAAAUGAUGAAUUGAAUGCGUUGUACCUUACUGAAAUUUCAAAAGGAAAGCCUCGUUUACAAGCGAACCAUGCAGAAGCGGAGAUGUUGUUGGAGUCCUACUAUAAAACUAUUGAUGAAAUAGUACAAACUGUUGAAAAUUUGAGAUCCCAAAUAAAAACCAGUGAGGAAAUCAUUAAUAUCGUUUUGGACUCUAACCGUAACGAGUUAAUGUUGUUGGGAUUGAAAUUCUCCACCGGAUUAUUAUCGAUGGGUUGUGCAUUAUACAUUGCUGCAUUAUAUGGUAUGAAUCUCGAAAAUUUUAUCGAGGAAACUGACGGAGGAUUUGAACUUGUCGUUGGUGGGGGGUCUAUUCUUUUAUUAAUUCUUUUGAUGUUCAGUGUAAAGCAGUUGAAAAAAGUACAAAGAAUUACUAUGACCGGUAUGGGAAGAGAAAAUUCAAGGAUCUCUAUUAAUGAUAAUAAAAGGUAA